GCUUUCAAACACCCAUUAAAGACCACUGGGAUCAAAUCAUCUGACAGUGAGAAAUUGGAGAAGAGAGAAAAAAAAAAUGGAUAAAGUAGAAGAGAUAGAGAUCAUAAUAUCCGGCGGUGGCAUUUGCGGCCUUGCUACUGCUCUUGCUCUUCACAGGAAAGGUAUUAAGAGUUUGGUUUUAGAAAAAUCGGAGUCACUGCGGGCCACCGGAGCAGGUAUAACUAUCCGGACAAAUGGUUGGCGUGCCCUUGAUCAGCUUGGCGUUGGCUCAAACCUCAGAAAAACUGCCCUCCAUUUACAACGGGCACAAGACAUAUGGCUUACUAACGGCAAGCAACAAGAAAUGUCCCUCGGGAAAGGGGCAGAAACUCGAUGCUUGAGGCGGAGUGAUCUCAUCACAAGCCUUGCAGAAAGCUUGCCUCCAGGCACAAUACGGCUUGGAUGCCAAGUACUCUCGGUUUCACAAGACCCGUUAACUUCCUAUUCAAUCAUUCAACUCCAAAAUGGAAGUUCCAUGAAGGCUAAGGUUCUGAUUGGAUGCGAUGGAGCCAACUCAGUCGUUGCAAACUUUCUUCAGCUAAAACAACCAAAGCUUUUGCCAUUAUCAGAGGUUAGAGGUUUUACCAAGUUUGCAAAUGGUCAUGAUUUCGGCUACGAAUUUGUCCAAGUCUGGGGCGACGACAGUAUAAUUGGAAGGAUUCCAGUUGACAGUCAGUUGGUCUAUUGGUUUGUAACUCUGAAAGUGAAUCCCAAAGGUUCAGCCGUUGCAAAGGAUCCAGAGCUCAUUCACCAGCUGGCUCUUGAGUCAACUAAAGGUUUCCCUGCAGAACUGGUUGGCAUGAUAACAAACUGUGACCGCGAUUCUCUCUCUCUCACACGCUUAAGAUAUCGUGCGCCGUGGGAGAUACUAGUCGGGAGUUUUCGAAAAGGGACGGUGACGGUGGCCGGGGAUGCCAUGCAUGUGAUGGGUCCGUUCUUGGGACAGGGUGGCUCAGCAGGCAUAGAAGACGCAAUUGUCUUGGCAAGAUGCUUGGCACAAAAGAUGCAUGAAAUUGAUGUUAAAACAGAUGGAAGGCAAGUGAUAGUCCACAAAGUUGGAGAAGCAUUCGAUGAAUAUGUGAAAGAACGGAGGAUGAGAUUGGUGUGGCUGUCAACACAAACUUAUCUAUGUAGUUUGCAAGUCAAACCUCCAUCGUUGCUAGUUGGAUUUGUAUGUAACAUCUUGAUAAUGGCUCUCUUUAGUGACUCAACUGCUCAUACUCAAUUUGACUGUGGCCACCUUUAGGUACAAUUUUAAUUAUUUAUAUAUAAGUUUUUGAAUGCAUUUUUCCUUGCAAGAACGUAUUCUACAUAAA